AUGCAUACCGCCGAAAUAUCUGUAUUCGCUAGUAGUAGGCUAGGGUAGCACAGCCCUCGCAGUUUUUUUUUCUUAAUAAUUAAUCAAUAAGAUGACAAUAUCUUGUGUACAUUUGAAAGCAGAUGCCUAUAUGGUAUGUCUUACUCAUGCUCUUUCAACAGAAAGAGAAGAAGUCAUGGGACUUUGCAUAGGAGAAAUUCUGAGGAUGCGCCGCAUGCAUUUGUUUUUGAACACUUCCAGUAGCGGCAGUGGCUUUCCAGCACUCCGAUCCGUUAAAAGGAGGAUACUUGGCUUUGCUGAUCCUGGUGUUUACCUCUUCGUCGCAGUCGCCAUCUGUCAUCUUACUGCCCAGGUUGACACAAAUCGAGUUGUACACAUUGUUUCAGUUAUUAUGUUGCGAAGGUCUGACAAACGCAAAGACAGAGUUGAGAUAUCACCUGAACAGCUAACCCAUGCAGCAUCAGAAGCUGAAAUAUCCUUUUAUUCAGAUCAAGUUUCAAGAGUAAAAAAUUAUGAAAAGCCAUAUGUGCAAACACAAGCUAUGUAUCAGAUGAUGGAUGAGGGAUUUGUUGGGCUCAUCUUCUCUUGUUUUCAUGAUGACAAAACCACCAAUCAGGGUCAUGUGACAGUCACUUGCUUUCAGUCAACCAAUCAAAGUCCUGAAGGGGAACCUCCAAUGUAUGAACGACUUGAGAUACCCUUCCAUAUAGUCAAGAAUGACACCCUUAGUGAGCCGUGCCUACAAGCCAUGAUCCAACUACCAAGAAUAUUACACGAGGAAGAGGAAGAUGCUUAUAAUCAGGCACAGCUGCCAGAAAGCAAUGAUCUUAUAACUGAUAUCCAUAAUAGUGCUGGUAAGUAAAGAAACUACACAGCUCAUACCCAAGGUAUUCAAGACAGUGGUGUAACGCCCAUGAGCUCUGUGUGGUAGUAACGCCCCAGGCCCAAACCAUUACGAGUACCGAGCUCCUCUUACUAAUAAUUAGCACAGCAAGGCACAGUUAUAAUAUAGAGCUUUGUCUGUCUUUUCAGCCAUAAUAUUCAUAUCUUUUUAGAUAGUGAGAUCACCCACCCACUUUGUGAGCAAAAUUUGCUGACACACAAGGUCCUGCCAUAUUUUCUCCAGUCCCUAUGAUUCGUUGUUAAGCCACUAAUUCAAAAGCGUCAUGAUAUCCUGAGGCAUAUCUGUAAAUGAUCUAUAUAGUGAUUUAUAGACCAUUGCUUUACACUGUACGGCAGUUUAAAGCCUACUUUAUGUCCUGAAAUGUAGACAACAUUGAAUUGCCCCAAGUGGGAUGAAUAAAGAUAUAUUAUAUUGUAUAACUGAAAGCUCGUAACUUUUCAAUGUGCUUUUUAAAAGCAAAUAUAUGAGGUUUCCAAUCCCAAAACCAACACACUGUCGCUAAAUAAACUGAGUACAGUAAUUAUAAUGUGGCACUAUUGUAUACUUUAGUACAGAGAAUCUGUAAUACGUUUACUUAUAACGUUGACAACCAGAACCCUGCGGGUGAGUAUGUUCCUUUGUACGCAAAAACUAAAAGGAAAUUUGGGAAUUGCAAUAAUUAAUAGUCACCAAAGCCAUUCACUACUAACUACCAACUAAAUCCUUUCCGAGCCACUGGGGGCUCAUAGUGUGAAGCAGAUGAGAGUUGUACUUCCCCUGGACGAUACACUAGUCCGUCGCAGGUUAGUCCCCAGCAGUUUGCUGGUACCCAUUGAUACAGCUGGGUGGACUGAAGCAAUAUAGCUAAAGUGCCUUGCCCAAGGACACAAGCAAAUCUGCACAGUGGAGACUCCAAACUCCGACCUUACGAUUGAAAGCCCAAACGUCAACUGCUGUGCCAAACUGCCGCUACAUUUUUUUU